AUGGUUUCAAAAAACACCUUUGAGGGUGAGGUGCGGCCGCGUCGCGUUCGGCGGCCGCGGAAUAUGGCGUUGUUGGACUGCGACGUUAUAGUCCCUGAUGACCCCGAUGACAGUCCGUUUGAUGAGGCAGGCGUCCCUACAGGGGGCGUCGUGCUGGAUUUUAUCGGCGCGAUAAUGGCCGAGUUCUGUUCGACCUCGGGCGAUGCCUACCUUGCCUCGGGUCCCCGAGAGGCCUUAACUGAAAAGAUUUUAAGCGCUGUCCGGGCCCUGAUCGCCGGGAGCCGGGAGAUUAACGCAGCGAUCGCGCUUCUUUCCAUGGCCGGUGGCCAAGCCUUUUCCGUCGGCGAUGUGCCCUUCGCCGACGAAACCAGUGUCCCGUCUGCUCCCGUUUCGAUCACUUCGUCUACCCCUAUUUCGGUUUCUUCUGAGGAUGGCUCAGGUCCCCCUGGGGCCUUGAAGAAAAAGGUGGGAUCUCGGUCUCGGGGACUCUUCCUCAGAAGAAACCGAAAUAGGGGUAGACGAAGUGAUCGAAACGGGAGCAGACGGGACACUGGUUUCGUCGGCGAAGGGCACAUCGCCGACGGAAAAGGCUUGGCCACCGGCCAUGGAAAGAAGCGCGAUCGCUGCGUUAAUCUCCCGGCUCCCGGCGAUCAGGGCCCGGACAGCGCUUAA